AUGCGCUUUGCGAGCGCCGCGUAUGGGAUACUCAUGCUCAAGGGCGCUAACGUGAUGAGCUGGGACUCUGGAUGGCCUCCGGUGCACAAGUUCUCUGUCCUGGAGCUCAACAAGUGGUGCAUCGCCAAGCACUGCGGCAUCCAGGACUCGGACCUGGUGAAGAUGAACAUUUUGGGGGAGCGCGAACUCCACAUGCCGGCGUACGUGCUGACAGUCGACCACGCCACCGAAAGCGUCGUGCUGUCUAUCCGUGGGACAUUCUCCAUGCAGGACACGGUCACCGACUUGGUGUGCGAUAGCGCAGACUUCAUGGGAGGAUCAUGCCACCGCGGUCUGCGCCAGGGAGCGGAGAUGCUUCUGGCCGAUGCGAAGAGUGACGUGCUUCAACAACUCAACCGGCACAGGGGAUACCGGCUGGUAGUCACCGGUCACAGCCUCGGUGGAGGAGUCUCAAUACUGCUGACGAUGAUGCUCCUUCGAAGGAAGAGCGAGCUCGGUUUGGGCUCUACCCGGGUGCUUUGCUACGCCUUCGCGCCCCCGCCGGUUUUCGGCCCUCUGGAUAAGCUCUCGAGAGAAACGAAAAGGGCGAUCCGAUCCUUCGUCUUCGGCAAUGACAUGGUCUGCAGGAUGUCUUUGGCCAGCGCGUACGAGCUGUUCCGCGACCUGAAGGAGGUGGAAGGAAUCGGCGCGAGCUUACCGCAGCGUCUCGGUUACCUCGUCAACGAGCACCGUCCGCGGUUGUCAAUCCACGACGACGGCCGUGGCGACGUCGGGAUGCGAGUGGCCUAUCGCUACGCAACAAUCCUCCACCGAACACGCUCUCGGGGGGGCAACAACAAGCGGGGGGACUACCGUAGCAGCCAUCGCGGCGCGGGGGGCAAGCGGGGCGCGGGCGCGACGGGCGGCCACCCGGUAGAGGACUUCGUUCGAAACAAGCUUGCAGAGGGGUUUACGGAGACUGGGGCGGCAAGGGGGGCUGACCGAAAACGCGACAGGGGCGGCGGCGUUCGGCCAAGAAUGGCAUCUGAGGAUGCCUGGAGGACGGGCCGCGAGCGUGAAGUGUCCAAGACUUCCUCCGAGUGCGGUGGGGGGGGUGAGGCGGACGGCGGGAGCGGAGAUCGGUACACUAGGCUGUUGAUUCCUGGGACAAUUUACCACAUAAGAAAAUUGGGGCCGGAGAGCGCCGCCGCUGCCUCCGCUGGUGUGUGCUCUGCGAACCCCUUGGGCUUGAGAUCGAAGCUGUACUGGAUGGAGAGGCAGCAGCCGGAAGAGUUCGCGAGGCUUCUCAUGGUUGACACGGCCAUCGUGGACCACCUUCCUUUAGCCUACGAAGACGCUCUACAUGCCCUGUACGGCGACGGGCUUCCUCGUAAAUGAUUUUUUUGCUCGAAUAUUCGUUAGUGCAGGUCGAGACGACGACCAAGGGGCCGCCAAAACUACGGUACGGUAGGUCGCAGUCAGUAGUGUCUCGAGGAAGCGAGGCGCGCCCAGAGUUAUCGACAAGGUCAGUUAGGUUGCUGAGCAAAGGUUUCUAUGAGUGCGCUUCCGCGAAUGAGUUCGCUACACGCCUGACCAAUCAGAAUUCAGCUGCUGCGGCAUUGGUGUUGGGCCAAUAGGCACAAUGCGGGCACAUCUUUGUCCUUCGCGGCGUUGACGCCUGUAGCGUGUGUACGUACUUGGUAUGAAUAGGUUUGUUCACCCGUCUCCCUCAGACCAAUUAUGUGGCGCAGAAGUGGGGAGUCUACUCAAAAAGGCGGGAUUAUAUGUAUGCGUUCUUUGAGUCUUGCGAGUUUUUACCUCGCGUGCAUAGGUGUAAGUAUGUACAGGUCUGACGUCCCGCGGAUGUGUGCGUAGAGCAUGAUGAUGGUGCGGUGACGUGAAGGCAGUGGUGUGUGUGUGUUAGAGGAUGGAGCACAUAAUUUGGUCAAGCGACCUCGCGAUAAGGCGACAAGCUGGUUACGACAGUGGGCGGAGUGAGGUCAGGGAUUCGAGCUGGUAAAGGGGCGUUACUCGAGAUGGAUCUUUACGAAGGUUGUGUGCUGGGUUAGGGGGUUGAUUGAUUUCCAGGUUAUCAUUUAUCCGUUUGCGCCGCAGGCGAGGUAGAAAGACUUUGUCCUUCCUAUCUCGUUUCAGGGUAUGAGUACUGAAGCCAGCACAUGUAUUGAGCGCCAGGGGUUGUUGGUGACGGCAAGUGGUGGAGCACACCGCAGCAGGCGAUCGUCGACGCACAGCCGUGAUGUUAGUGACAGCACGACCAACACCGCUGCUUGGCUCUUAGCUAUUGCUCUUAGCUACCGUAAGAGGCGGAGAGGAGAGAUGGCAUGCAUCCCGCCUAGUAUACUGAUUUUCAAAACUCGAUUGCUCCA